AUGUCGGUGAUAACGAACAUCGUCCACCAACUCUUCAGCGCCUUCUACUUCAACGAAACCUCCGUCAAGAUGAGCAACACUAGCGCCGUCACACCUUUCCCUGGUGUCUUCACCUCGAGCAAUACCCCUGCUCGCCUUCCUUGGGACACCUACAAUUACUGCAAUGCUCCUCACGUCAGCGCCAAGCAUUACGAGCUUCCUCCCCAAGCCAAGAAAGACGCCAAGCUCGUCUUUGUCAACGUCGUUCAGCGCCACCACAAGCGCACACCCGACAACCUUUAUCCCAAGGAGAACGUCUUCAACCCUCCCGCCGGCUGGGAUUGCUCCAACUACCAGCAGAUCUCGUACGGUGUCGGUGCUAAGGAAGAUGUAAACCUUCAAGGACACGGCAUCUAUCGCAAGAUCGAGAACCCAUCAUGGCACCCUCUCAACAGCUUGAUCUGGAACGGUACCUGCGAUCAAGGUAUGCUCACUGCUGACGGUCUCAGAGACAGCAUUCAGCAUGGUCGUGACUUCUGGUCUGUCUACGGUCCUUGGGGUAAGAACGCCCUCCUUCACGAUGGCAUCAAUACGAAGGAUGUCUACUUCAGGACCAGUAACAGUGAUCGCACCUACCAGGUUUCUGGUGGCCUGAUCGCCGGUAUGGACGGAUGGAAGGUUCCAGGCAACUUCCCUGUCCAUAGCCAGCCGGGCAACAUGGACGACAUUGUUCCCAACUACAGCUGCAAUUACGCAAACGAUUUCCGUAACGCAGAGCAGUCUCUGCCCGCUUGGACUGACCACCUCAACUCCAAGUCUGACCUCUUCGACUCGCUCAACGCCGUUGUCGGCACUGCUGGCCAGAGCGGCUGGAACAGCUGGAUCGACCACCACUUUGAUGCUAUGGCCUCACGCCAGUGCCACGGUCACGAAUUGCCCAAGAACCCUGCUUCGGGUGCAAGCAUCUCGCAGGAUCUCGCCAACCAGGCUUACAACGAGGGUCACUGGGAGUACGACUACAUUUGGAACUCAGGAUCCGGAGCUGACAACUACGUUAAGUACGGCUUCGGUGUCUUUAUGCAGGAGUUGAGCAGCAACCUGCAGAGGUUCAAGGGUGGAGAAGAUAGGUACAAGCUGAAGUACUACGUCGGUCACGAUGGUACCAUGGUUAGGCUGUACAAGUCUUUGGGUCUUGCCGGUCAGUUCAAGUGGCCUGCGAUGGGAUCGGAGGUCGUGAUUGAGGUCUAUAAGCAAAAGAACGAGCACUACGUCCGAUUGCUCAAGGACGGAAAGCCUAUGCAGACUGUUGUCAAGGACAUUGCUGAUGAGCAGGGCACGAUCUCCUGGACCCCCAUCGACAAGGUCAUCACCUACUUCAACUCCCGCGUACCUUCAGACAUCUACUCCAAGUGUGUUCUCGGAAAGUAA